GUUGGUUUAAUUGCGUGGUUCCUUCUGGUUGGUCCCUAUAGCAUCAUUAUUCAUGGAUUUUAGCCAAUGGAAAAGAUCUGUCUCCUCACCAGUAAGUAGCAAUUAUAGUGAUGUGCCUAAGAGAAAUAGGAAGAGAUUUCAGAAAUACUCAAGUAUUUCUGUAGAAUUUAAAGAAGCGUCUUACCACUUGUAUUAAAAUAUUUACUAUGAUAUCAGGGAUGAACCUGAUUUUCCUAGGUUACUUUCUGAUAGGUCUGGCUUGGGGAAAUCUAAAUGAUAACGAUGACAGCUCUUCCGCUGUUUUAGAAAAAGAGCAACCUGUUAUAACAAAAGAAUAUUUUAGGGAAGAGUUUGAUGAUGAGGAUGGAUGGCAGGAUCGAUGGGUUCUAUCUAAACAUAGAAGUGAUUAUGGUAAAUUUCGGAUAGGAUCAGGAAAAUUUUAUGGUGACAGAGAAAAAGAUAUAGGUCUGCAGACAACUCAAGACAUUAGGUACUAUGCAGUAUCAGCAAGGUUUCGGCCUUUUAACAAUGAAAAUCAGACCUUAGUGGUUCAAUAUACAGUAAAAUAUGAUCAACAGGUUGAUUGUGGUGGGGCCUAUAUCAAACUUUUUUCUGUCGAUGUGAAUCAAGACACCCUGAAUGAAGAAACACCUUAUUAUAUUAUGUUCGGACCUGAUAUAUGUGGAAAAUAUAAAAAGAUAGUGCAAGUUAUUUUGAACUAUAAAGAUGACUACUAUUUUACUAAAAAGAACAUUACAUGUGAGACGGAUGACUUUACCCACCUCUACACACUAAUUCUACGUCCUGAUUUAACUUAUGAAGUGAAGAUAGAUAAUUAUGUAGUUGAGGCUGGCCAUCUAGAAGAAGAUUGGGACUUCCUGCCUCCAAAAAAGAUAAUAGAUCAUGAUCUGCCAAAACCUGAUUAUUGGGAUGAAAGGGAAACUAUUCCAGAUCCCAUGGAUAAAAAACCAGAGGACUGGGACCAACCACAAAGAAUUCCUGAUCCUACUGUGAUAAAGCCAGAUGACUGGGAUGAAGAAAUGGAUGGGACAUGGGAACCACCAUUGAUUCCAAAUCCUGAAUAUAAAGGCAUUUGGAAACCUCGUAUAAUUAAAAACCCCAAUUAUAAUGGCAUUUGGGUCCAGCCAGAAGUUGACAACCCUGAAUACAAACCAGAUCCUAAUAUUUACAAAUAUUAUAAUAUUAGUGUCAUUGGCUUAGAAAUUUUACAGGGAAAAUCUGGUACAAUAUUUGAUAAUUUUCUUAUUACAAAUGAUGAACAAUAUGCUGAAGAUGCUGGGAAUGAAAUGUGGGGUGUCACUUUCGAGAGGGAAUGGAGGAGACGGGAAGGACAAGAUGCAGCAUUUAAAAAUAUUAAUGAACAGGAGCCAAAGGGAAAAGAGACCAAGAAAGAAAAGAAGAAAAAAGCUACAAAAGUCAAAGAUGAACUCUGAUCAAUUAAAUCAUUAUAUAAUUAUUGUCACUCAAUCUGGUCAUCACUGCUGGGUAGUAUUGUACUUAUUUUCUAAAUGUUACCCAAAAUGCAGUGGUGAUAUGAAAAUUCUGACAAUUUUUGUACUACUACUUUCCCCGAAAAUAAGACCUGUCUUAUAUUUUUUUGAACCCUGAAAUAAGCGCUUGGCCUUAUUGCCAUGCGCUCAAAAGCCCAAUUGGGUUUAUUAUCAGGGGAUAUCUUAUUUUGGGGGAAACAGAGUAGAUGGCAGUUGAAUAUCCCAGAAAACAUGUAUAGUUUCUAUAGUUUAUUUUAUACAUAUCUGUCUCUGUAAUAUUACACUCUAUUGGUGUUCAGAAGGAGGAUUAAUUUCCCGAAAUCAUAUAGAUGGAAGAACUUACACACUGCAGAGAUGUGAGACACAUAAUUCACACUUAUUGAUCACUAAACCAUUCCUGAAUUGAAAGGGAGAGUAAUUAUUUUCAAAUACCCAUAGAUAGUCUGAAAUCUGAACGAAACUACUAUAAUCAGAAGUACAAGGAGACCUUAUGUGUUAUUUGUUAAUUGGGUCCAGGUUGCAUGGUGAAAUGCUGUGUAAAAAAAAUCCUCAUGCUUGAUGGAUUUUUUUGAAUUUUCUUGUGAUUAUUUUUGGCUUAAAAAGGAACUGAAAUAGGUCAUAUGAGAGACAUAUGAAUCAACCAUCCCACUAAAUCAGAAAAAAGACGUAUAAUUAUUAGCAAAAAUGGAUUAAUUGUAAAGUCAUAGAAUUGUCAAAUUGGAAAGUAUCACAAGGGUCAUCUAUUCCAAUCCUAUGCAGUGUGCAAGAAAACCUGUUUAAAAAUAUCCAGCCUAUUCUUAAAAACCUCCAGAGAUGAAGAAUCCAAGUCUCUGGCUUAAAUCUUUGCCUUCCUCCCAUUCAUCACAUGAAAAACUCUUCCUAAAAAUCUAGGCUUGAUAGGCCAUGCCAUUUGGGUUUACAGAAACUGGAACUCUUAAAUUUGAUUUCAAAUCCCCAAAAUAGCCUCCAUUCAGAUGCCGAGGCUAGUCUCUCAUUAAUGAAUCUUUUGUGAUAUGGGAAGCUAAUAUUUCACAGUAUGAUUCUUGUUACUUUUUUGUUUAGCAUAGUAGGUACAGAAUACAUUUUGAUACAGAUCUAUAGCUUACUGUAGAAUAUUUUACAUCACCACUUCUUUCAUGCUUAAGUCUUCCUGAAAAACUGUGGGAAAAACUGGUAGCUACCACCAUGUAUAACCAUAUGACUAAACAAUAAAAGAGCUCUUCCUAUAUUUAUACAUAAGAA